AUGCCUCAGCUUUUCAGCGCCGUCGAGGCCUCCCACCUGUUGAAACCGCCGCUUUUCCUCCCUCAAACUGCCCUUUAUUUCUCUUAUUCUCUAGCUCCCUCGAAUCCGAAUCGUCUGUUCAACGGACUAACUCUAACUUCAAGGCCUCCGCCGCCGCACGUCUCCACGCCUCACCGCCGAUGCUCCAUAACCGCCUGCUCCUCCGCCUCGAAUUCGGAGAUCAACAUGGUGAAGAACAGGCAAGGAAUCUACACCGCCAAGCAGAACAAAGUCGUCGUACUAUGGGACCUCGACAACAAGCCGCCGCGGGGGCCGCCGUACCACGCCGCGUUGUCACUGAAAGAAGUAGCGUCGAAAUUCGGAGACGUCGUCGAGAUGUCGGCCUAUGCGAACCGCCACGCCUUCGUCCACCUCCCGCAGUGGGUAGCUCAGGAGCGGCGGGAGCGGAGGCAGCAAGACAUUCUGGAACGGAAAGGAAUCGUCGCCGCGCCGGAACCCUACAUCUGCGGGGUCUGCGGCCGCAAAUGCAAGACCAAUUUGGACCUAAAGAAGCACUUCCGGCAGCUCCACGAGCGAGAAAGGCAGAAGAAGGUGAACAGAAUGAGGUCUCUGAAAGGGAAAAAGCGUCAGCGGUAUAAAGAGAGAUUCAUCUCCGGGAACGACAAGUAUAAUGACGAGGCAAGGAGAUUGGUGACUCCCAAAGUAGGAUAUGGGCUUGCAGCGGAGCUUAGGAGAGCCGGAGUUUAUGUGAAGACGGUGGAGGACAAGCCGCAGGCUGCAGAUUGGGCUGUGAAGAGGCAAAUUGAGCACUCCAUGAGUAGAGGUAUUGAUUGGUUGGUUUUAGUUUCAGAUGAUUCAGAUUUCGGUGCGAUAUUGAAGAGAGCUAGGGAGGCUAAUUUGGGGACGGUGGUGGUAGGGGAUAGGGAUAGAGCAUUGGGGAGGCAUGCUGAUUUGUGGGUGCCAUGGAUUGGAGUUGAGAAUGGGGAAGUAACAGAGAAAGAUUUGGUACCCAAGAGGAGGGGUAAUAGUAGUGAGGAAGAACUAGAGUAUGAUGUGCGCGAUUCGUUUAGCCAUUCCGAUGGCGAAGUUAGCUACGAAUGGAGUGAUGAAGGUGGAGUUGAUGGCUAUGAGUGGACUGGUGAUGAUGUGGAUAGUGUUGUUGAGGAGAUUGCAGCUGAGAUAUCCGGGUAUAAUAGCAUGAGAAUUUCGGUGUUCUCUGAAGGGGAAGAGGAGGAAGAGGAUGGAGACUAUGUGUUGUGGGAUAGUGAUGAUGAUGAGAUUGAAGAUCAAGGUGUGAGCUUUUACCUGUAG